GAGAAAGUCAGACAAGGCGAGGCACGUGUUUCCCGACGUCAGAGUCGGAGGCGGUGUGAAUUGGAUCGCUCUCUUCUGGCAGUUUCAGCCGCAGACCAGGCCCCGCCGGACGGAUCGGGUCGACUCCGCAAGUCGGGUUAAUCUCAGCCCAACCACCUCCUGCUUACUCGCUUUUCGUCUUCACUUGAACACAAAGUGCAAGGAUUCAUUGUUUCCCUCCCGCAUUCGAGUAUCCUGAACCCACCCCCGUCGACGCCCGGAAACUGCUCGCUAUUUGUCAUGGACGUCGAUCCCCGCCAAUACGAAAACCUCGCUAUAAAUGAUAAUGACAUCCAAAACAUAGUUCUGUCGUAUCUUAUCCAUAAUUGCUACAAAGAAUCAGUGGAGUCAUUUAUUGCUUGCACUGGAAUGAAGCAACCUGCAGAUUAUUUAGAAGACAUGGAAAAAAGAAAAAGAAUUUUUCACUUUGCAUUAGACGGAAAUGCACUAAAGGCCAUUGAGCUGACUGAACAGCUGGCACAGGAUAUUCUUGAGAAGAAUAAGGACUUACGGUUUGAUCUUUUAAGCCUUCAUUUUGUUGAGCUUGUCCGUUCUAGGAAAUGCACAGAAGCUUUGGAGUUUGCUCAGAGCCAGCUGAGCCCUUUUGGGAAGGAGCAGAAGUACAUGGAAAAGCUUGAGGACUUUAUGGCCCUUCUCGCUUAUAAAGAGCCAGAGAGAUCCCCAAUGUUUCAUCUGCUUAGCUUAGAGUAUCGGCAGCAGGUUGCAGAUAGUUUAAAUCGAGCUAUUCUUGAACACUCAAACCUUCCCAGCUACACGGCAAUGGAGAGGCUUAUACAACAAGCUACAGUAGUUAGGCAGUGCUUAAGUCAAGAGGCUGGAAAGGAUGGGCCCCCACCUUUUUCAUUGAAGGAUUUUCUCAAAAGUUGAAACAUGAACAAAGGGUGAUAUUGGGAGUGACGCAUGGUUACCCAAGCAUUUGUGGCCACAUAUGGGAUUCGGGUGAUUUGACCAGGGGUAGACGGUUGUCUGAAAGCCUGUUCGUCUAUAUAAUCUAAUAAGCAGGCUGUGGUGGUUGUUUGGUGAUAUUCCUUAAGUUGAAUGGCCCUGGACAGAUUUGCAAUGUUUUCCUGGCUGAGGAUUCAGUAUUAGGCAGCUGAUCUAACGUGUCGCCUGACCUUUGUGUGAUGAAGCAGCUAAACCAAACUUUCUUUUUCCUCUUGUUCUGGAGUUCUGGUAUGUGGUGUAAAAAGCGUCUGCAUUUGGCCAUAAUUUAGCGAUGAAAGAAAGCUUGUCACUGCGAAAACUGGCACGUGUAGUACCUUAUUAUUUUCAUUUGUUCUGCAAAUUCUUUGGCUCUA